CAAACUUACCAAAAGGGAAUUUUAAAAAAUACCACUGCCCGCACUUUCCAAUGCCUAAGAAUAGCAAGGUGGUAAAAAGAGAAUUAGACGAUGAGGUUAUUGAGUCUGUCAAAGACCUUCUUUCCAAUGAAGACUCAGCUGAUGAUGCCUUUAAGAAAAGUGAACUAAUUGUUGACGUCCAAGAAGAGAAAGACACAGAUGUUGAAGAAGGAUCUGAAGUCGAAGAUGAAAGACCAGCUUGGAACAGUAAACUACAAUACAUCCUGGCCCAGGUUGGAUUUUCUGUAGGAUUAGGGAAUGUGUGGAGAUUCCCAUACCUCUGUCAGAAGAAUGGGGGUGGUGCCUAUCUUUUGCCAUAUUUAAUACUGCUUCUGGUAAUAGGUAUUCCCCUUUUUUUCCUGGAACUUUCUGUGGGUCAAAGAAUUCGGCGAGGAAGCAUUGGUGUGUGGAAUUACAUAAGCCCUAAACUGGGAGGGAUUGGAUUUGCAAGUUGUGUAGUAUGCUUUUUUGUGGCUCUCUACUACAAUGUCAUCAUUGGCUGGAGUUUGUUUUAUUUUUCUCAGUCUUUUCAGCAACCUCUACCCUGGGAUCAGUGUCCUUUGGUGAAAAAUGCUUCACACACUUUCGUAGAGCCAGAAUGCGAAAAAAGUUCUGCCACUACCUAUUAUUGGUACAGAGAAGCACUGAAUAUUUCCAGUUCCAUUUCUGAAAGUGGGGGCUUAAACUGGAAGAUGACCGUCUGCUUGCUGGCUGCCUGGGUUGUGGUGUGCUUGGCUAUGAUCAAAGGCAUUCAGUCUUCUGGAAAAAUCAUGUAUUUUAGUUCUCUGUUUCCGUAUGUGGUACUUAUAUGCUUCCUAAUCAGAGCACUCCUUUUAAAUGGUUCAAUUGAUGGCAUCCGUCACAUGUUUACCCCUGAGCUUGAAAUAAUGCUGGAGCCCAAGGUCUGGAGAGAAGCUGCAGCUCAGGUGUUCUUUGCCUUAGGUCUGGGAUUUGGUGGCGUCAUUGCCUUUUCAAGCUACAACAAGAGAGACAACAACUGCCACUUUGAUGCCGUCCUGGUGUCCUUCAUCAAUUUUUUUACUUCUAUCCUGGCAACAUUGGUGGUGUUUGCAGUUCUGGGCUUCAAAGCAAAUGUCAUAAAUGAGAAAUGCAUUGCAGAAAAUUUGGAAAUGAUCAGCAAACUUGUGAAAACGGGCAACAUUAGUCAAGAUAUUAUUCCCCAUCAUAUCAACUUUUCAGCUGUUACUGCAGAAGAUUAUCAUUUAGUUUAUGACAUCAUUCAAAAAGUGAAAGAAGAAGAGUUUCCUGCUCUUCAUCUCAAUUCCUGUCAAAUUGAAGAUGAGCUAAAUAAAGCUGUUCAGGGGACUGGUUUAGCUUUUAUUGCCUUUACAGAAGCAAUGACACAUUUCCCUGCAUCUCCCUUCUGGUCAGUGAUGUUCUUCCUCAUGCUGGUAAAUCUAGGGCUUGGCAGCAUGUUCGGAACCAUUGAAGGGAUCAUCACACCCAUUGUGGACACAUUCAAAGUGAGGAAAGAAAUUCUCACUGUUAUCUGUUGUCUUCUGGCAUUUUGUAUUGGCCUGAUGUUUGUGCAGCGCUCUGGAAAUUACUUUGUUACAAUGUUUGAUGAUUAUUCUGCUACCCUGCCUCUGCUAAUUGUAGUCAUUUUGGAGAAUAUUGCUGUAUCCUUUGUUUAUGGCAUAGAUAAGUUUAUGGAAGACCUAAAGGAUAUGCUGGGCUUUGCUCCCAACAGAUAUUACUACUAUAUGUGGAAAUAUAUUUCUCCUCUAAUGCUAUUAUCACUGCUAAUCGCUAGCAUUGUGAAUAUGGGAUUAAGUCCUCCUGGCUAUAAUGCAUGGAUUGAAGAUAAGGCAUCAGAGGAAUUUCUGAGCUACCCAACAUGGGGAAUGGUUGUCUGUAUCUCUCUGAUGGUCCUGGCAAUACUGCCCGUCCCAAUUGUCUUCAUCAUUCGUCGCUGCAACCUUAUAGACGAUAGUUCUGGUAAUUUAGCAUCUGUGACCUAUAAGAGAGGAAGGGUUCUGAAGGAGCCUAUAAACUUAGAGGGAGAUGAUGCAAGCCUCAUUCAUGGAAAGAUAUCAAGUGAGAUGUCCUCUCCAAAUUUUGGUAAAAAUAUUUAUAGAAAACAGAGUGGAUCACCAACUCUGGAUACUGCUCCCAAUGGACGAUAUGGAAUAGGGUACUUGAUGGCAGAUAUGCCAGAUAUGCCAGAAUCUGACUUGUAGCUGGGGGGCAAAAAU